AUGCAGUUCCAAGAUCAGGUCUUACAAUGCGCUGGAACUAUCUAUAAUAAGUUUUCGUUGGAGCCACAGUUAAGGAAAACAAAUUUUUCCUACGGUAGAUUUACAUUUAUUCCAAUUGAACGUGUCGUUGGAGGAAAUGUAUGCGAGAAAACCGAUAAGGUGCCUUAUAUAUUGAUUCCAUUGCCGACAUCGGCACCUCAUUUCCAGCAAAUUAUUACACAAUGUACAAACUGUACCAGUUGUAAAAGUGGUCUCAAAGAAGUUUUGAACUAUUUAUUAAAUUUUGCGGAACACUCUAAGAUCUGGUUGAUUGUUAUGGUACGUGGCACUCAUGAAGCAGAUAUGUUACCAAAAAUGGAUUUUACCAGUCGACUACGUGUUGUUUUUGUCAGUGAUGAAGUGCAGGUUGCUGUAACAGAUUGUCAAGUGGUCGAUGAGGCUGAUACGGAUACUUUUCGAAGUUUCUCAAAAACUUCUGUCUUAUUCGUUUCUGUAUCAUUUAUCAUACUGAUGGUUGUGUCACUGGCAUGGCUUAUUAUUUAUUACGUUCAAAGAUUUCGAUAUGCUAAUGCAAAAGAUCGUCUACAACGCCGUUUAUUCAAUGCGGCAAAACGAGCAUUGUCAAAAAUUCCGACUCGUUCUGUUCGUGUCGGCGAUAAAGAGUUAGAUGCAGAUUGCCCAGUUUGCAUUGAUCCGUAUCAGACCGGUGACAUUAUACGUUCCUUGCCGUGCAAGCACGUUUUCCACAAAACUUGUGUAGAUUUAUGGCUUCUAGAGCACCGUACGUGUCCGAUGUGCAAAAGUGAUAUUCUGAAGGCAAUGGGUUAUCGUGUAUCAAGAAGUCGAAAAAAACAUUCUACAAGUUCAGGUUCAAGUGGCCGCGCAAGACCAGCAAAUGUCGAAAGGCUGACGGUGGAUGUUCAUGUCGCUCCUACGGAGCAGACGCCGCAAGCCCGAAGCGAUAAUCAGGAAGGCUUCAACUAUAUUCCAUCCGCGUCACCGCCGUUCCUUCAGUUUUCUUUAGUUUAUGUUGAAGACGACAGACAGAUGCAACAAAUACCGUCGGUGAACAAGCGGCGAUCAACCGAUCAAUUGGCUGACUUGGUAUCAGUAACAACUAAACAAAGUCCAGCCUCAGGUCAGUUGAUAGACAUCGUUCAUCCACGUUCCAGAUCCUUGUCCCACGUCUUAUACUUUGAAAAAGACGCUCGAAGUGUACAGCUAAGGUCUCAAACUUAUACAGCGGGCUUAAAUCAACAAAGUGGAUGCAUUGAACCUAGUGUUGCGUCGUCUUCAAUUCAACAGUUCUCAGAGACUUCAUCUUCCGAGGACAGAUCACUAAAGUUAGAAAAACAAAGUAAAUAUAGCCCUGAUAAUAUUACGGUGUAACU